UUUCCCUCUUGGCAAACUCUCACUCGUGAGCUACUUUGCUGCUUUCGCCAUGGAAAACUUAUAUUGCUACCUUGCUUUGCUCCUCUCUAUCAUUUUCAUUAUUAUCAAACUUUCAAACAACCGUAACAAAAAUUUACCCCCAAGUCCAUAUUCUCUACCAAUAAUCGGCCACCUCCACCUUCUCAAACCACCACUCUAUAAAACGGUGGAGACCUUAACCUUACAAUACGGUCCAAUCCUUUAUCUUAAAUUUGGUUCAAGGCCUAUCCUCGUUGUAUCUUCUCCUUCCAUUGUUGAAGAGUGCUUAACCAAGAAUGACAUAGUUUUUGCAAAUCGACCCCCCACCAUGGCUGGGAAGCAUUUUACUUACAACUCAACAGCUCCAGUUUGGGCUCCAUAUGGCAACUUGUGGAGAAACAUUCGACGUUUUGCUUCUGUUGAGGUGUUCUCUCAUAUCAGCCUUCAAAAGUCUUCUAUCAUUAGAGAAGAAGAAGUUCACUCUCUUCUCGGCCAACUAUAUAAAGUUUCAAACAUAGAACCCCAAAAGGUGGAGUUGAGGUAUUUGUUCUCACUUUUGGUGUCCAAUAUAAUAAUGAGGAUAGUUACUGGCAAGCCAUGCGUUGGAAAAGAGGUUGAAAGCAUGGAUGUGGGCAAAGAACUUCUCAAAGAUUUCAAGGAGAAUUUCUUUGCAGAUUUGGCAAUGAAUAUGUGUGAUUUCUUUCCAGUUUUAAGGUGGAUUGGUUACAAAGGGUUGGAGAAGGAUAUGAUAAGGUUGCAGAGGAAGAGAGAUGAAGUAUUAGGGCAUUUGAUAGACGAGAUAAAGCAAAAGAAAACCAGUUCUUUGAAUAACGCCACCAUUGUGGAUGUGGAAACAAAGGGAACACUGAUUGAAACUCUGGUGCAUCUCCGGGAAUCAGAACCUGAGUUCUAUUCAGAUAAUGUCAUCAAAAGCAUCCUAUUGACUAUGUUUGUUGCGGGAACGGAUACAACAGCAACGACCAUGGAAUGGGCAAUGUCACUUCUUCUUAAUCAUCCAGAGGUAUUGCAGAAGGUUAAAGUAGAGAUUGAUAACCAGGUUGGAAGUGGGCGCUUGCUUGAUGACUCAGAUUUUGCCAAACUUCCCUAUCUUCGUUGUGUCAUCAAUGAGACACUUAGACUGUAUCCUCCACAACCACUUUUAUUACCACAUUUUUCCUCAAAAGAUUGCACUGUGGGGGGAUUUCAUGUACCACGAGGGACAAUUUUGUUGGUGAAUGCAUGGUUCAUGCAUAGGAAUCCCAAGCUGUGGGAGGAACCCACUAGGUUCAAGCUAGAGAGAUUUGAAGCUAUCGAUGAGGAAAGAGAAGGGUUCAAAUAUAUUCCAUUUGGCAUGAUGAGGAGGGUAUGCCCUGGUUCUAGCAUGGGCUUGCGGGUACUAUCAUUGGCAUUGGGUGCACUCAUUCAGUGUUUUGAUUGGGAAAGGGUUGGGAAGGAGAUGGUGGACAUGAACCCAAGUUUAGGAUUUCUUCUGUCGAAGGCUGAGCCUUUGGAGGCUAUUUGCAGUCCAUGCCAUUCCAUGACUAACAUCCUCUCUCAACUGUGAUUAAUAUUCUAUGUUAUUCAUGGUGAUAAACUUCCUUUCUUUUGUUCCCAUCUCCCCCCACCUCCCUUGUGUUUGUGGAUUGAAUUUAUUGAGAUUGUAAUAAAACUCUCCUAUGAAUAAUAGAUGGAUGGGACAAAACUAGGGUGUAAAAUUUAGGUUUUUGCUCUCUUUCUUCAUUUUCUCUUCCGCCCACUCAUGAUACGGCCAUUUUUGG